AUGGCGGAAGGUUCGUCAACAGGCGAAAGCCUCACAGGUCAGUUUACCUACUGUGUUUUCCCUCUGCGUGUAAAUUAUUCACAUAAACACACCGCUUUUCAUUUUCCUAUCUGUUAGGGCAACUACUUGAAACAUGUAGCAAAAGAAAAGGGAAAUACCUUGUCUUUUAUCCAUAGGGUGCGCCCCAGAAGGGGAUGUGUUUGCAAGAUUGUCAGUAAAACCAGGUAGUAAAUUGUUGUCAAACUUCGCCGAAAGUUUAAAGUCACAGGAUAACAAGGACGAUGAAGACAGGGCGAAGAACAUGUAUUUGGAGAGUCUGGCCCCAGGAACGGUAUGAAAUUUUGAAGGACGGAGUUACGCACUCCUAUGUCAGUUAUCUACACAUUGUGGACAGUGAAAAAAAAAGGGGGCAAAGAUGCACAAAACCUCGUUUUAAAUAACCCCAGGCACAGAUUCAACUCAGUCCCUUUUACUGCCAAUGAACAUAAGCACUCUAUUCCACUUUUAAAAUUGAUCUUUUCACUUUCUCCAUGACCUAAGGUCGAAAAUUUUCGUAAACUCAGUCAAAUAGUCAGCAACUGUUUGCCGUUUAAUUCUUCUUUCCCGCUCGCCUCGGGUCUCUGUGAGGAAUGAAUGACAACCGUUCAAUAUCUAGUUUCACCUGCAAAUGAUAAGAAAUGACAUUAAUCUAUUUAUCUAUUAUCUCAACAAAAAUGUGAUGUUUUAUAUUGAUAGUUUCUAAGGCAGAUAUGAAAGUUAUGUAUAGGUAUUAAAGCACAUAACACUACAGUCAAUGGGAUAACGUUUUGCUCUUGUGAAGUAAAAAAAAACAUUUCUCUACAAAGCAAAAUAGUGUUACGUUUUUAAGCCCAUCACUCCCACAUGUUCUACUGCGGCUCCCUUAGGAACAUAAGAAAUCCAGAUCUUGCACACAAAGCAUUGCCAUGACCUACAAUGUUUUCUUCUCUAGAUAAAGUCAAUUGUAGACUCCCGAGGACUGUUUCUGACGUGGUAUAACCACACAUACCCAGGCAAGACUGUCACAUUGCCGAUUAGCGAAAUGGAAAUAAAGACAUUUUUUGUCUCAUGUGCAAAAGCUGGCUUUACAUACACCAGACUCACUAAUAACAUCCUCCGUGGGAUCUGUAUGUGGGUAAGUAUACUACCUAACAGGCACCCUCCAAGAGAGACCAGUCUAUGAUGGCCCUACCUGAAAAGGGCAGUUUUGUACAGCAAUGUGGUAUAUGAAAGGGGAGAGACUUUCACAAGUUGCAGUAUUUGAAAUGGAAGGGAAUUCUGUCCGUUUGGUUUGUAAAAUGACCUAGAAGGGAAUUAAUGGUAUACAGAUUUAAAUGGGUUAGGGGGUUGGAUUUGAGUGUGAAGCUUCCACAUGCAUAACCUUUCAGCACUAUAAAUGCCCCACCCAUCCUCUUCCAUCCCUGGUCAAAGACAUUACAUCAUUGUCUUGAAAACCCAAGAAAGUUAUUAGCCUAAUCAGAUUGAUCAGGUGGAAGGGUUUCACAAUCAACAUGACAUUCCAUUUUUCGAAGAAGAUGUGCAUAUAGUUGGCCAUACAAUGUCAAAGUUAAUGACAUAAUGGACAGAUUUUCAGAAAUAAUAACAUUUCACCGAAAAUACAUAUCCUGUUUAGCCUUCCAAUUUGGGGCAUGUAGCCUCAUGUGAAAUUAGCUGUAACUAAGUGUUAGGGCCCUUCAUUGUAAUAACAGCUCUGAUGAAGUGAUUUUGACACUGACAGUACAAAUGAAUGUCUAAGUUGAUUACAUUUCAGAACACAGAUUCCUGUCCUAAACCACCCUAAACAUAUGGAUUGUUUCCAUUUUCUGCACACAGCAAACAAUCAACCCAGCCCAGCAAAAACAUAUCCUGAACUGGGCUCAACCAUCAUGAAAUAUUUGCGCAAAGAGGUGGGAGAGAUGGACAUCUUCCCAAAAAAACCCCUGUUUGAGCAGGACUUAGAACAUAUUGUGGACUCCACGGGGAUAGGAACACCCGCAGCAUUACAAUGUGAGCAACUAACCAAUAAACAAAUGCAAAAUUAGGAAAUCCAUGGCUUAGGUUAAUAAUGUUGGUAACAAUCUUCAGUGUUAUUGUCUGAAUUGUAGGUGUCACAUUCAUCUAGGAAGGAAAACAUACCCUAGAACGGUGACACAAUGGCGUUCCAUCCACGAUCACACAGAGCAUUUCAUAGCCCUUCAUCUUUUUGUUUGAGUAAAGCAAUAAUAUUAGAACUGUGUCCACUUCUGCUUCUCCUAGGACGCCUGGAGAAAUCAAAAGAAACAUUUUAAAUGUGGUUAUAUAAAAUGGACAAACCUUUUGACAUCACACAACCAAAUUCUCUAGUACAGUGGAAUCCGACCAUGCGCAUUUUCUUUUAAAAAAACCUUUGUUAAUAAGGUCACCUCAUUAUUACAGCCACAUUUUUUCGGCCCAUUGAAGACUGUAUUAAGAGGGUUCCACUGUCAUUAAAAAAUCCUUGUUAUAACCAUGCUAAUGAAUAAGAUCACUCACAGUCUUAGGCAACAUUAAAACUGAGGAUAAUGUAUUAUACAACAGAAUGAACUACAAAGAAAUUGGUACAAUACACUUACAGAAAUACUGUUUUCAUUGUUGUAGUAUCAUUCCUUCACUGCUUGUCAGCCAGUUGUGGUGCCAGGCCAACGAGUUUGGCAGAGACCUAUGUGCGGGAGGAAAUUGAUGAAGUCCACCAAGAACUGGGCCUCGGCUCGUAUCCUGCCGGGGCGGGAUUAACCAUCCAAGAUGUGGAAUUUAGGUGUGUUCCUUCCCUUUUUUUCCAGCAAGCACAACAAUGAAGAUAACAGUCUACUGAGAAGCGCUGUAUUCUACCGAGUACCUGACAAUAGGUUGAUUAGAAAGUUUACAUCUUGAUUGGGUGUUUUGUUGCAUAAGAAAAUAUGAGAAGGUUCUUUUGAAUGCCUAGGCUCCAUGUCCAUUCCAGGAAUGUUUAACCAGUGAAACUUGACAGCAUAGCAAUGUCCGGACCUGCUGUUACAUUGUUUAUUAAUUACAAUUAAUGAACUAAUUCCUAGAUCCGAUCCGCCUCUGGAGGUUCAAAAGUGCAUCACAUUCUCGCACGAAAAACCACAAGCGAGCAACAAAAGUCACAAGUAAGAAUUCCUCUAAAGUAAUGUGCCAUAAAACUAUUAAAAUAAACCACUCAUGGUUAGGAUAGUAAGACAUGUAUUGGGGCCCCUUUCAUGACAUUCUGAAUCACAACUGCUGACAUUCUUUCCGAACUGUCUUGUAUUGGAAAACAUGCCUUUGCGCGCCUAAGAUAAGAAAGACACAAUACAAUCAUGUGUUACGUUUCUCUUGCACUCUCCAAACUUCUCCCAUGCAUUCAUGGGUCAAAAGAUGCACACUUAUAAUCGACUUGCUGAUUCUGUCAUAAAAAAAUGAUAGUUGUGUUAGCUGUCACAUGGACAUAUGAUUUUCUCCACAGGCACGUUUUUGUUGUGACUCCGAAGAAACCAGGCAGCCCCUACUGCCCCGUGACGCUUGGGUUUCUUCACAUCGCAAGACGUGGAGCCUUCAAGGAAAAUCCGGCCAAUGCGUGGAGGAAUAAGAACUUCAUAUACAAAGAUGAAGCAAAAAAGUGGCCAUUGUUUGCUCAGGUGGACACGUCCACACAAACUUUAAAGGUGUGUAGCUGCAUGGUAUGUUGAUCUUUUACUUGCACGCAGGUGAAUUGGCAUCACUGUGAUUGGAGACAGCAAAUCACUGACAAACCACAUCAUCAGUAUGCUAAAUAUUUCUCCAGCUCUGAUUGGCUCAAAUCCAAUUAAUGUAACCAUCUUGCAAUGGCUCACAUGUGGUAGGCAUCUGUGAAAACAAAAGACUGAUGUCAAGAUCGUGAGAGUAUAGCCAGAAAAAAAGGUCAUGGCAAACCAAAAUGGUUGGGGAUCACCUGGUGUUUAUGUCAGCUCGUAUAAGGCAAGACUUAAGUGUUACGCAUUACAAUCAAACUCGACAGGAAAAAAUUAUUGGUAUUUUAAAAUGAACUUAAACAAGGCUCUACUCAUUUCAGAACACAAUGGCCAUCACCACCAACCAGCUGUCAAGAACAGUAACUUCAAGCAUCAGCAGUGUUGGGUUUAAUCCCCGAGAAGUGUCGCACCGAUCGUAUAGAUCGGUAAGUAGGCUACAGUAACAUCCAUUAAAGAAUAGCAUAAAGCAGCUUGUGUACAAUACAGGGUGCUAUGUCCCUAUGCUGAUAUGUUAAUGUGAUAAUCGCAAAGGAUGAAUUCCAAUUGCCAUAGCUGACACAGAGAUCGACAAAUUGUGUUCCCUUAAUUAUUCCACAAUCAUUAACCUGCAAGGGAGAGAAAUGUGACAUUGAUAGAUGUGAAUGUCUAAUGCCGGAUGAAACCUCUAUUCAAACAGAUCACAGUUGAAAUUCCAUUUUGCAGGAUUUACCAAUUUUUUCAGUCAGCACACAAUCUGCAUCCAAUAAAGUAUAGUUUGUUCCAUGAGUGAAGGGUUCUAAUGCAACUUUUUGCCUUUUACAGGGUGUUGCCACAAGAUUUGUCCUCAAUGCCGCCAUGGAAAAUGGCAGCCAUUUCACUGACAAUCAGGUGGAUCAGUUAAGAAGGCUGGGGGGGUGGUCCCCCAAAAGUGCCAUCGUACACUUACAUAUAAAGAAAAUUAUUGAGGAAUAUUCGGACACUCUGGCAUUGAUAACUCCAGGUAGGCAUGGCCUGAUAGCUAUCACUUUUAACUUCACAGUCAUUUGUCUGAUAGAUAAGUCACACCAAUAUUGUACUCUUUUAAGCUCUUCAAAUGUCAGGACUUUUUCUAUGACCUUAGAAGCUGUCACUGUAAACUUUUUCCAAAACUUUCCUUUUGUUAUGGGUUUCCUUUUUAACGUAGAUCAGUCAAACAAACACAAGCUCUGUUUUUCAAUAAGAUUGGUGCCAUGAUUACUCAUCUCUAUCACGCUUGCAAUUUCCUUGCUUUAAUUGACAUCUACAGUAUCUAAUCUCUAUAACAUAAUAUUCUAAUUUACCAAGAGCUUUCAUGGCGGUCAAUUCAAUUCCAUGACUAUCCAGGCCUGGCAAAUGAACUUCUUUGACUUUCCAGCUUUUCCAUGACCUGUGAGAACCCUGAGAAAUGAAAAUUUUCUCCUGAGCCUCGUGCAUAGCUUUGGCAUAAAAUAUACGUCUUUAGUAGUAGAGCUAACAUAAUGAUAAGACAUAACAAUCUCCAAACAGAAGAAGAACGGGUGAGGAGGCUGAGGAAUAUGCCCACUGCAUAUAAUUACUGCCUUGUGCUUCCGCAGAAAAACAUAACCACACAAACUGAAGCAGAAGCAUUAUUACCUGAGGAAUACGAGAAAUUCCUCAGGGAAUAUGAACCGCUGAAAAAACUGCAAGGUAACCUUUCAUAAUUCUUGCAACCAUUUAACAAGACAUGUUUCAUGAAAAUCGAUGAAAACCCUGUUUACUUUCCCACCCAACUUAUUCCUUGAGAUAAUUGAAUCACCCAAAUAUAAUAAACGCUGCUUCUUGAGAUUUAGUGACUAAUCUAGGUUUCCCUGCAGCUGAAGACCCAACGAACAGGAAAAAGAUAAACCAUGUAAAAGAAACCGCGACAAGUCUUUUGCAGAAGAAAAAACGAACAGCAACACGAGGAAAGGAGGAAGCAGCCUGCUACUCCUCCCAAACCGGUAACUUGUAAAGAUGUUGUUGCUAUUACAUAUGUUGCAUCUAGUCAUUUAAAGGACAGUGUCAGUCAACUACAAAAUGACUUUCACUGGAGUGUAAUCUUGUUUGUACACCACAGACACUGAACCUGAUGAUACAUUGAUUGUUUUGAGUGAAAUGUCAUCCCACUCCCUCCCAAAGCUCUGUGAUUGUUUUCUCAUUCAUCUCCUUUGCCUUUUUCUUUGUCUCCAGACAACAACACGGACCCUAGACGUUCUUGA